UUUUUUUUGGAUUUAAACGGUGUAUAUCAAACAUGGACAAUUCUAACUUAAAAGCGACUGGGUCAUUAGUGCAUAAAUUUAAAAUUCUUAACAUUAAGGGACCAGGGAAUUAUCGUUGUAAUACAAAGAAAUUGCAAAAAUACCUGAGUGGGAAUCCUGAAACAACAUCUCCGAGUGUUCAACCAGCUGCCCUGGAAGACCGGUUGGAUGAAUUGAAAGGAAGGACCUUCACUCGACAGUCAUGCCAUCGUACAAUUAAUUUCUUCUCAGCAGUUCCAAAGUUGUCAAAAAACGAGUUCUUUAAUCGGCACUCAUUAUGUGGAUCUCAGAAAUUAAAUAAAGGAAAGGCACUUUCUCCUGCGAAUAUAUUAGAAUAUAGUUACAAUGGUGCAAAACGAAUUUGUGGCGAGUGUGGACUUCGUGUAUUUGAACUGGACUUUGCAUUUAUCUGCAGCAAUUGCGGGCAAUUGAUUCAUAAAGGAUGCACGGACGUCUGUAAACGCAGGCAUGAAUGUGUUAUAUGUGGCGGGGAGACAAAUGCUAACCGGAUUUACCCAUUUUGCCAAAUCAACAACUUGUCCGAAUUAAUCAACGGUGAUGAACAAAGGAAAAGAACUUUUAAGGGGCCUACCAAAACACAUGCAGAAAAAUGUUUCCCGAUUAUCAGAUCCUUGAAUGUCACGGCCAAGACUUACGUUAAUCCUAUUUAUGAAAAGUGCUUGGACAACGGGAAAAGACGCCGACAAAGCAAACACUUGUCUGAUUAUAUGUUACCACAGCCAAGUAAAAGAAGAAAGAUUGAAUAUUAUCAGCGAACUACAUACAAAAAUACACAUUCAAGGCAAACCAGGAGUCUCAACGAGACAAUAUCAGAUGCUCCUCAUGACAGUGUACAUACAGCAUGUAAAACACUGAAAGAUGUUCGUAAUAAACGACUGAAAUCUAAAACCAACAGAUCUGAAACAGGAAGAGGGAAACUUAACACCAAUGUAAACACAGACCAGAUAGCCAAUGAAGGCAUCUCAUUAUUUGUUUCAAAAACCUUGGAUUUCCUAGGUUAUAGUUUUGAAAUGAUAAAGUAUAGACAAAGAAUGUAUCAUGCUAAUGAUGAAAUUAUUGCAAGGUUUAACCACCAGCCAGACACUCGUGUUACAACAGGUGGGAAAGGAGAAGGCACGACUAUGUAUUUUGAAAACGACACAGAUUAUAUGUAUGUGGUAAAGCAGAUAAUCUGUACUGACUAUCCGCAGGUUUUUGUCAACAUAAAGAACAUAACUGUAUUCCAAACAAAAAGAAAUAUAGCGUCACCCGGCUAUACAAGACUUGAGUUACUAAGAUUUUCAGGUCGGUACCUUAGAGAUGAGAUAAGGACAUCGCUUUUUGAAACCCAAUCAGGCUCUUUGUACCUUUCGAAUGAGGAAUUCAUCGAUUCUUUACAAAUUUUACAAGACAAGACAUGCACUCUUGGCGGAUUUACAAAGGGUGAGAGAACUGGUCCAUCAACACCGAUUUCGGACAAAUACAAUAGCUUUGACGAUGUGAUAGGGUUGCCAUGUUGUUGUCCAAAUGUUCUUGAGAAGUGGUUUGCACGUCCACGACAUAACAUAUGGCCACCGCAGGAGGUAAUGCAUGCACUAUCUUUACUAGAUGCGCAUGUUGUUCCGGUCGGAUUUAAAGGUUCGCCUGAUCAGAACGUAGAAUGGAGAAUAUGUUUCUCCCUAGCUGAAUUGCAUCUAAUGCAAAUAUUAAAUGAGUGUCAAAUUCAAACAUAUAUAUUACUUAAGAAAAUAGCGAAAACAUGCUUACAGCCAAUAAGUAAAGACAUCACUUCAUAUGUAGUAAAAAAUACCAUUUUAUGGAUAUGUGAGAAAACGCCGACAUCGUUUUUCCAAAAGAAGCAUAUCCUUUUAUAGAUUACUGGAUUGCAUCGAAUUCUUGAGACAAUGUAUAAGAAAGAAUAACUUACCAAGUUAUAUGAUUUCUGAAAGAAAUCUAAUAGCUGGCAGAAUAGAUCGUUCACAGAGACAUCAGUUUGAAAAUACUCUAUAUGAUCUGAAAAGGGAAGAGGGACAAAUCUUCCUCCGAAUCGGGAAGUUACGAGACGCCAUGCUUGUUAUGUACAAAAUGCCAAAUAGAUUUAGGGAGUAUGGGGAAAAUCGGAAUUUGUUGGAAAGGAUAGUUCUGAUGCGGAACUGGAUACGUGAGUCCGCUUGGAAGCCAGACAUGACAAAGACUGAAAGAAAUCGGCUGGCAGAAAAACAUAAAGGAUACAAGAUACUGGAAAGAGAAAUCGAUAACAUAUUGCAUGUUGACGAGGAACAACUACAAGCAAAAGGAUGGGUGUUAGCAGAAAUAAAUGAUCUGUGGAUGAAGAGAAUGUAUCAGCUUUUGUCAUAAAGUACUAGCUUAUAGUGAAAGCAUGCUAUAUUUAUUUACCUCAACGGAAAAACUUGCAUAUUUAAUCCUACUAUAUUUCUCACGAGGAAGAAGUGAUAAUAAUAUAUGAAUUAGACUUCUCAUAAGGCUGGAGGAGAGAACGAACAUUUAAAUCAUGAAUAACUAUACACUAGUAUAUCCUUUUUACUAUAGCUUUAACACAGAAAUAAUGAACGCUUAAUUUAUUGGUGGAUGCUAGGGUAUUUAUAUAUAUAUACAGUCAAACCCGGCUGCAGAACCUCCCUUGGGGACUGAAAAUGCUGGUAUUUGUGAAAACAUAUUUUUUCAAGACAGGUGACGUGUGACCAUAGUAAGCAGGUUAUAUGUAUUUGGAGACUGUCUACAGUACGGGUCUGACUGCAUAAGGGAGUUCAUCGGUUCUAAGACAAAGGUGAAUGUACCAACUUGAAGUAAUAUAGCAAAAACAAAACAAGAUUAUGUGGGAUAAGGCCGUGACUUUAUUUUAAAUUUUCAAAUGAGAAUUAUGGCAUAUUGUAAAUAUAUAGCAUGGUAUAUAUGAAAAUGAUGAGAAAAUAUGAAAGACAAAGCUCCAGCUAAAAUGCCUGGAAGCAACAUAGCAGCGCGAAGGUGCAGAAAACUAUGAAAAUAAGCGCAGAACAUACCAGACCUAAUAGGAAAUUGUAGGUUCUAGUACUUUGCACUAAUGAGAAACGAGGCAAAGAUGCUCUCACCGAUCUCUAUGAUAUAAGAUGAACUAUAGAUUUCGACGAAUGUAAUGCAUUUUAGAUUUUAAUACUAAUAAGAUUUACAAUAUGCCAUACCGAAAUGCACAUUACGUGUAUUGAGGGCCACUCAACAUUUUAUGAAAAUAAAAUUCGCCAAAACGAGAUAUGCAGUGAAUACACGUCUACUCAAUAGGUACAGCAGCUGAUUGACAAACAAUUAAAGUCUAGAGCUAGAAAAUAUCUUUUGCUAUGUACCUUUUUUUUUAAGAUGUAUCAAAAUCUAUGAAACUCGCUGCAUAUUUUACAUAUUGUAUAUCUUUUAACGUUACAAUGUCAUUCAGGUACAUGUACAUAUGUACAUAUUAUCCAAUAGUUCGAUUACUAUAAGCCGGGGUCAGCAUGAAACCUUUUGCGGAAGUUUCAGUCAAAAUGUAUUAUCUAUUUAUUUUGAACGAACAUCAGACGAACGGACGGACGGACGGACAGGAAACCAAUAGACUUAAGACUUUCAACUAGAAGAGUCUUACUGCCACUGACUUGUUAUGUCAUAAUCUUUUAUUUUAUGACGUAAUAGUUUGUAUUUUUUUUUUUAAUUAUAUUAGGCUACAAAGAAAAAUUCUUUGAUUCACUCAAACGUUACAAAAUCAUGUUACAAAAUAUUUCCGCAACACGAGUAUUCUAGACAAUGUACGUUAGAAAUGCAUAAACCUCAGUACACCUCGGGCGGAACCAGUACUUGCAUAUUGAACAUAUGAUUUAAGUCCAUAAAUAAUUAUUACUGAGAAUAAUGUAUAGUAACUAACGUACUGCAUUUUUCAAGCGCAUGUACAUGCAACCAAAAACGCUCGACCACGCCCAUGUUUCACCUGUGAGUGUUUAUCAGCUCACUAUACCAGUUUUUUUUAAACUAAAAUUCACUUCAGACUGAUCCGGUCAGUGAUUGAAUAAUACCAAAAUAACUAAUAUCUUGCUGACUGUACGACAAAACACUUGUCUCCAUUCCUUUCCAGAGGAUAUAUGCAAAUGCCGUAUAAACAGAAAGUUCAUCAAUCAAAAUAAUGAGCGCAGAAGUCUAAAGAAAAUAUAUAAUGUAUACUCAUCUAAAUUGUGAAUUCUCAAAAACAGUAGCACUGCAGUUUUCCGCCGUUUUCUUCUGCUAUGAAUUUUUGUAAACGAUAUUUCCUCUACGGAUUUUCGAUAAAGAAUGUACUUGUCACUGCACUAAAUUUGCCCAUGAAAAACCCGUGGGAUUAAAACUUGUCAGACUAGUAUUUGAACUGAUACGACUAUAAAUACAAAUACAGGUGCGGAUUAGCAGUGAGGCGUUAUGUUAGGCAAGACGAUACCCACCAAAAUUAAAAUAAUUUAUUUCAUAAGAGAACAUAAAAUUACAUAUUUAGCACUAGUGUAUUUUAACUUCAUGGCAUGAUUGCAAUCUUUUACCGCAUUUUAAGAUAAUAAUUCUGUAAAGUAAACUUGUCAAUAAG